AUGAUCACAGGGUACGUGAAACAGAGGGUGAUGGAGUAUGCGAUGGAGUUGUUUAAUGUGGUUCCUAAAAGAGAUGUUGUGACAUGGAAUGCUAUUAUUUCAGGCUAUGUGCUUAGUGGGGUGCACAGGAAGGCACUGGAGAUGUACGAGGAGAUGACAGGUAGCGGGAAGCGUCCUGAUGAAGAUUGGCUUUUACUGGAUAUAUGGAGAAAAUCCAUUUCCUUUUUUGAAGAGAUGAAGAAAAUGAAAUUUAGGCCUGAUGAAAUUACAUUUAUGGGGGUAUUGAUCGCCAGCAGUCACACUGGAAAAGUUGACGAGUAUAAUGUUCAGCCAAAUAUAAAGCACUGUGGGUGUAUGGUGGAUUUAUUUGGGUGUGCAGGGUUGUUGGAUGAAGCAUUUAAGUUCAUAUACUCAAUGGAGAUUGAACACAAUACUAUUAUUUGGAGGAUACUGCUUGCUGCUUGCAGAAUUCGUGGUAAUGUUGAGCUGGGAAGAAUUGCAAAUGAGCAGCUGCUCAAACUCAGACAGGAUGAAAGUGGUGAUUAUGUGUAA